AUAAGCUUUUGUUACUUUGUGCCAAAUGGAGGGUCCUUAGCUUCUCUCUCUUCUCUCUCUUUUCUCUCUGUAGUGUGAAUUUCUCAGUGAAAAAUCGAAAGCUUGUAAGCUGUAAUCGAUUCACGCGUGUCUCCGUACCACUGAUCCGCAAAUUUCUUCAGAUAAAGCGAUUUCAUCUCCAGGUUAUAAAGGAAUUGGAGUUCUUUUUAAUGUGAUGUCUCCACCACUGCUUGGUGUUGGGGAGGAGGAAGGCCAGAGUAAUGUCACAAUAUUGGCUUCUUCACCCUCCAUGGAAAGUGUAUGCCAGAUCAGCUCAGGAUUGAAAGAGCGGAAUUACAUGGGAUUGUCUGAAUGUUCUUCUGUGGAUAGCUCUGCAAUCUCCACUGAUUCAGAUGGCAAUAAGAGCAGUCUGAAUCUAAAAGCUACAGAGCUGAGGCUUGGGCUUCCUGGAUCCCUGUCUCCUGGAAGAGAACCAGAGCUUUGCCUGCUGAGCUCCACUAAGCUUGAUGAGAAACCCCUUUUCCCUCUGCAUCCUUCAAAGGAUCUUACUUACACUUCAUCACAGAAGACUGUUGUUUCAGGAAACAAAAGAGGGUUUGCUGAUGCAAUGAAUGGUUUCUCAGAGGGGAAAUUUCUUGCAAACUCAGAGGUGAAUGUGAUGCUAUCACCUAGGCCUUCCCCAAACAAGGAGAACCUAGGGUCUCAGCCAGCCAAGAUGAAAGAGAUGGCAUCACCAAAGAUCGUGCAGGAGAGACCUCGUGCCACCAAUGAGACCCCUCCUAACCAUACUGGUACUGGAAACAAUAACAGCAGUGCACCUGCUACCAAGGCACAGGUUGUGGGUUGGCCACCUAUAAGAUCUUUUAGGAAGAACACGCUGGCCACCACUUCAAAGAACACUGAAGUAGACGGAAAAGCAGGGCCUGGUGCUCUAUUUGUCAAAGUCAGUAUGGAUGGUGCUCCUUAUUUGAGGAAAGUAGACUUGAGAAAUUACUCUGCAUAUCAGGAACUGUCUUCUGCUCUCGAGAAGAUGUUCAGCUGUUUUACCAUAGGUCAAUAUGGAUCACAUGGAGCUCCCGGCAGGGAGAUGCUGAGUGAGAGCAAAUUGAAGGAUCUACUACAUGGAUCAGAAUAUGUUCUCACUUAUGAGGAUAAGGAUGGUGACUGGAUGCUUGUGGGUGAUGUGCCCUGGCAGAUGUUUAUUGAGACAUGCAAGCGGCUGAGGAUCAUGAAGAGUUGUGAUGCCAUUGGUCUAGCUCCCAGGGCUGUGGAGAAAUGCAAGAACAGGAACUAGCUUGCCUCUACACAUGGUUGUUGCCAUCCAUCCAGCAGGCCUAGGGGAGGGUGGAAAUGCAAAAGCCAGAUUUUGGUGGAAGUGUAGGAACUAAUGGAUGCUGAGACUGGACAGCAGAUCAUGGGUAGAUGCCUUUAUCAUGUUACUAUUAUGUUUUCAUUUUCUGGGAAUUCAUGUUCUCCAAGCUGUGUCUGUAGUCUAAGAUGAUUAUAGAACUCCUAAGACCCUUACAUGGGAGUACUUAAAGCAAGUGUUUGAUCUGUGUUUGGCGAGUUCUUGUUUCUAUACACUAUCCUUCUUUAAGCUUGUAAAGUGCAUUGUUUGUCAAACUUCUUUGUUAUGUGUGUUUGAUAAAUUAAAGACCUAUUCAAAGUUAUCCUUCCCCUAAA